AAUUGCCAGCGUGCCCUAGCUUCCAUCCUGGACCUCCCCCUGCUUGUUGUCUUCCCGUCCCUUCCAGCGCCGCUUCUUCCUUCAAACCCUCCACCACCGCUCGUUUAUACCCGUCGUCCCCAGCCGCAGCCGGACGCCGCCUCCUCCUCCUGAAGCAAAGGCGAGCGAGCGAGAGAGAGAGAGAGAGAGAGAGAGAGAGAGAGAGAUCGGAAAUCACUCCCCCACCCAGCUCGCCCUCCCCUCGCGGCUUCUUCACAUGGCAGUGCUGCGCCUCCUCGAGCCACUCAAGAAGAACGAACCCUGCUUCUGCUUUUCCUACCCCCGCGCCGACCCGCGCCCUUGUCCCGAUCUCGCCGCCCCCCGCACUUCCUACGCUUCCCUCCGCAUCCACCGCGCCUGCUCCUGAUCCCGAGCGCCCCCGCCCGCGCCUCCUCGCUCGUCCGACGCGGUCGUUCGCCCGGUGGUGCCGUGCGGUUUCUGGUUCGUCCUGCGCGAUCGUCUCGGGGUUUCCUUGAUUCGUGCGCGGUCUCGCCAUGGGGAAGAGCAAGAAGAGCAAGGCCCGCGGCGGCGGGGACGACCUUCUCGACAGCAGCGACGCCGACAGCGUCGGGUCCUCGUCCACCGCGCUGUCGGAUCUCUCGAUCUCGUACGCCACCGAGCACAUCAACUCGCAGGAGUUCGUCCUCGACAAGUACAUCGACGCGCUCUACGAGAAGAGGGGAUCUACAAGAGAGAAGGCAUUGGCUUCACUGGUUGAGGCCUUCGAAAGUUUUAUGCUUCAUGAUCUUGUGGAAAACAAGUAUGCCACUCUGCUGAGUCAAUUCAACAAUUCUGUGAAAAAGGGUUCUACUAAGGAGGGUUGCCUGGCAUCCCGUGCCAUCGGGUUAUUGGCCAUUACACUUGGUGCUGGGAACAGUUCACAUGAAAUAAUGGAGGAAUCACAUCCACAACUUUGUAGGGUACUUCAAGCUUGGUCCGACAUGUCAAAGAUGAUUUCUGCACUUGAUUGUUUGGCUGUGAUAACAUUUGUUGGCGCAACUGAUCUGGCUGAAACAGAGUCAGGUUUGAAAGCCAUGUGGGAUGUGAUUCAUCCAAAGUCAGGUUCAAAUGUGGGAACUGUCCGGAAACCUAGACCUCCUGUGUUAGCAGCUGCUAUAUCUGCAUGGACAUUUCUCCUAACUACUAUUGGUUCAUGGAGGAUAAAUAUUGAUAGUUGGAAAGAGCCCAUCGCAUUUCUCUCUACUCUUUUAGAAGCAGAGGAUCGUGCUGUUCGGAUGGCUGCUGGUGAAGCAUUAGCUUUGUGCUUCGAGUUAAAUCUGCUUGAUGUUUCUUCUUGUGAUGAUGGUGAUGUUAACACUGGAGGAACUGGUGGUUCUAAGAACAAGCUUUUCUUGGAUAUGCAAGCGUUGAAGGCCAAAAUAUCAGGUCUAGCCUCUAACCUCUCUGCAGAGGCUGGGGGGAAAGGUGCAGACAAGAAAAACCUUACUGACCAAAGAGACUUGUUUCAACGAAUCUUGGAUUUUGUCAAGUAUGGUGAGUGCCCGGAAGAAUCACUUAAGAUUGCAGGAAAGCGUGAUGUCUUAAGGGUUUCAUCAUGGUCUGAAUUAGUCCAGUUGAAUUUCUUAAAGCGGAUCCUUGGGAGAGGCUUUCUGAAGCAUGUGCAGGGCAAUGGACUUCUUCAAGAUAUCUUUGACAUUAAGACUGACACAACUGAAACUCUGUCAUCCACUGAUAAGAAAAUCUUUAGGUCUGAAGAAGAAAAAGGAAGAGCUCUAAAGUUAAACAAGGAUCGUCGUCUAGCCCAGGCAAGGAAGAACGCUGCUAUCUUGAACGAUUAACAUGGAUGGGCAUACAAUACCCACUGUGCGUUUUCUCAUUUUAUCUGAACCUUAUCCGUGUAAACUACUACAAGCACAUCCAUUGGAGUUUGUGCGUUCAUGAGUGUACUUCGCGAUGCUGGAUAGUAAUACCUAAAUGAUUUUCUACUGUUCAGGCCUCCGUGCUGCAUUAACAUAUGAAAUAUUUAACUGAAAUGCCUUCUUUAUGCUUCA